AUGGAUGAACUGCUCUGUCUCUCGAUAGACCGAUUGUAUAGGCUAUUAGGAAUUUUUUAAGAUUCCAUCUUCACCGUGCUAGAGGAGGCCAAAAACAUUAACAAGUCGCUGACGGCGCUCGGAAUCGUCAUCUCGGCGCUGGCCGAAGGAACCAAGUCGCACGUGCCGUACCGUGACUCGAAACUGACGCGCAUUCUGCAAGAGUCGCUCGGAGGAAACUCGCGGACUACGGUCAUAAUUUGCGCGUCGCCGUCGCACUUCAACGAGGCGGAGACCAAGUCGACGCUGCUGUUCGGACAGAGAGCCAAGACGAUCAAGAAUGUGGUGCAGGUGAACGAGGAGCUGACGGCCGAGGAGUGGAAGCGCCGAUACGAGAAGGAGCGCGAGAAGGUACGCUUUUUUUUUUGGUGUAAUUGCCCUUUUGGACAAGAAAAUUUUUUCAAGUGAUUUUGUGUAAAAUGAAUGAUUUUAGGUGACCCGCCUGUCAACCCUUCUCCAAGCAGCCGCCCUGGAACUCUCCCGCUGGAGAGCCUAA